GACAAAAUCAACAUUUCCGAUCAUUCAUCAACCCCCAAACAUCACCCUCGACUCUUGCCUUGCCUAAACGCCUACAGAGAUUGCGACAGCGCAUUGCGUAAUGUACGCAAGCCGAGCUGCUAUCCAACGCUGGCUCCCCGGACGGCGCGGCGCCACCGACAAUAACGGCAACACGAAUACACCACCGAACACAGCUGCAGUGUCUCAUGGGCGCAAGCGCAGGACCAGGCAUAGGCAUUCCUCAUAUCCGUCACCCGAUCCGUCCUCCGACAUGCCAGCCAGCAAGCGCCGCGCAGAGGAUCACGAUCGCGAUGACCUUUCUAACAACGACGACUACCGCGAUGCUGUAGACGAGUGCGAGCCCGAGGCACAGACGCCUAGAGGGCCGACGCGCAAGUCGGCGGUCAUGACGACAGCGUUUAUCAGCGACACAUCUUCCACUACGACACGAACAACCGAUUCACGAGCCUCGUCCCUGUCGAAACGAGCCCGCAAUACACAGCAGCUGCUGACGAGCGCCUCGAUCGCGUUUGCGUCAUUGUCCGCCGCUGAGCCGGCUCCUCCACCGCGACUUAGCAAGCUGGUGGACCAGCUUAAGAAUCUCGACGCCGACAGACACUUUGUGUGGCCUCAAGUGCGGGCCGCGGUCGAAGAGCGGGCGCAGUCCGAUCAGCGGUUCAAGCAAUUGGCGAGGUCCAUCUGGUAUGCUCCCGGGAUCGAAGGCCAAGACGAUGAGUUGCAGCCGGUACGAGGUCCGCCCCCGAGCGUCGAGAUGCUGGGCGACAUCCUGGAUGACUCGGCCGACUGUGCCGCUUGGAUGGACCCCGAGCCGUCCUGGAAUGACGCGGUGCACUGGCAAAUGCUGCGUCAGGCUGUCGUCAAGGACCCGCAAUUUAGAGCAACUCUCCGGGUUUCGAACUGUACGACAGCCACCAUCCGUGCGGCCUUCUCCCACCAGUCGGCAGCAGGACUGGCGACAGCAAGCGUAGGCAUCCUGGGCACAGCGAACGCCAAGCUAGGCGCCGUGGCAGCGAGCACCAACACCAGCACCAGCACGUCUAAGAAGGUCGAUUACUGCGUGACGAUCCUCGAUCGGGGGGACGCGCGCAUCGCCCAGCUGGUCAAGGCAGGCGUGCUGCUUAACCAUACUGCAUUCGAGCCGUACACCAAGACGCCCAUCGGACUGUCCAUCGAGACCAAGGCCCGCAAGGCGGACGAGGACGAGGCCCUGGCGCAGAUUGGCGUAUGGAUCUCGGCGCAGUACCAGUGCCUGCAGGACCUCAUACAGAGGAGCAUGCCCUCACUGGAGCAGGCGCAGGCCGCGUGGCGGACUGCGCUGAAGGAACUCGAGUUCCUGCCGGGCGUCGUGGUGCUCAAGCACCUGUGGUUCUUUGUGGCGGCCACAAGGCCGGCGCCCGAGAGGCCCGACACCCUCGUGUGGCAUCGGGUGUACAUGGGCAGCACGGAGACGCCAGAGGGCGUGUGCUAGGUCAUCGUUUGCCUGAGGAUACUGCUGUUGUGGGUGAGGGAUGUCUACUGGCCGUGGUUUGAGAGAUGGGUGUUGUAUGAGGCACAGGCUGGAUCUAUGUAGGCGAUGUAUAAGAAGUAGCAGCGAAUGAUACCCAUUGUGAUUACAAGCACCAACACCUGACCUGUGCCUGGAGAACGAAAG